UGCUCUUCCCCUCGAAUAACCGCCCAUCCGCCCACCCCUUCCUUCCCUCCAGCUCAUAUGUCUGUCGUCGAGCCUCGGUUUUACUCUUUGCGUAUUGCGCGACUUAACCGUACAUUCAACUGAACUGGAGCGCUACCCGUCCUGUCUGUACCGCCGUCACCACCACAGCAUCCCAAUACACCCGUCAGUCUCCCGACCGUAGCGCUCGCUCACCAUGCCCCCAGCGGGCAGCUCCCGUGGCGCUGGGGCUGCCGCAGCUUCAGAUCGCCGCCAAUCUGCCCGACAAGGUCGUACCAGCGUAACCCGCCCUACGAAUUACUAUGCACGCACAUUUACAAGUCGACUGUCCGCGAUGGACCAAACACCCCCAUCAUCGGCCCCGACACCGGGUUUCUGCCCGGUGCUCACACACUUCAGCCAGGCUGUGGACGCCUUUCCCAAGGAACUCAUCAGAAACUUUUCCAUGUUACCGGAGGUUGAAGCGAAGCUUCAUGACCCGCAGCGAGACCUGGAGCUUCUGCUCGACCAAAUCGCUCAGCUACCCGUACCUACCAUCGCCGAGCGCCGAGCCGCCGACCAACACAAGAAAAGUGGUGAGAAUAGCGCAACCGGAAGCGUCAUGGGGUCGAUGAUGCAUGACGCACCAUCGCGCCAUCAGCUGCUUUCGGUUGAGCUUUUCUCUGCGAACAACGAGAGCCUCUCGCCGGCGGAAAAGGCAGAACUGAAGAAACGCCAACUGUUUUUCCGUUUGCGAGAAGUCAUGGCGAACAUGCUUCCCGCACUUGACGAGAAACUGGUUGUGCUUAACUCAGCGACCAAGACCAAAGACAAGGGUCUCGCCCGCAUGAACCACUCGUACGCCGAGCUGGACAAUGAGAUUAGCCCAGAGGCACGGUAUGGCAGCUUGACUCACUGGGCAUAUGCGGACAAGGAGGAGAAGAAGAAGGGUGGCACUGAGAGAUCCAGGCGAGAGGUCGCUUCAGCCAACAAUUUGGCGGCGGCGGCCCAACACGUCCAUGAGGCGGACUCUAUUGCUGCCAAAAGCGAGGCGAGGCGUGAGGCCGUGCUGGCAAAGCGGAGCAGGAAUCAACAAGUUGACUCGGACUUUGACGACAAGCCUGUCAAGAAGACUCAGAAGCGGAAAGCUAUUGCGACGGAUGCCGCGACGAAUGGUGCUGUUGGGCUGGGCAUCACGAGUAAUCCAGCGGCGCCACAGAGCAAACGUAAGAAGACCGAGAAGGCUCUCGCGGCUGCAACGGCCGCCCCAGCUAUGGAACGGUCGUUGAGCGGCGCCUUACUCGCCUCGACAACAGGACGCGGUGUGACGAGCCCACGAGCCACGCCAGGCGCAGAAACGACCGCAAAGCGAAAGCAACGAGCUGCUCCUGUCCCUGCCCAGCGAAAACGCGCUGCGCCCGCGUACUCGCCGCCUCCUGCAUCAUCCCCGCUGGCUUCAACUUUCGCGAUUUCGAAAGCCACUGGCAACACUACGGAUCGCCCGUCCUCUUCACGCGCAAGAAAGAACUCUAUCGCGAACUCCGUCACGUCAGCCGUACCGGAUCCUUCGACCGGGCCCCGUCCUUCCUCGUCACACUCCAUUCCCCAAAUACCUCCCAGCAACGUGAUCACAGAAUUGGAGCAAGCGGCAGGCAUGGCUCGCGACACCAACUCCAUCAAAGAUGCCUCCACUCCCAAAGAAGUAGUGGAUCAUCCAGCACCCCUUGAGUCGUCCAACCUCAAGACUGAAGAGCAAGAGGCAAUGGCGGUCGAAGACAUGGAGAUUGAUGCUCCUACGUCGGUCCCUAUCACAACAACGCGCGGUGGACGCGCUUCCAAAACAGCAACCCCUCUGGUUGGUACCUUCCCUGAAAUUCCCAUGGCGAGAAGUCGGAGCACACGUACCGCCAAUAACGGGAAUGGCAAUUCGCAGACUUCGUCGGAAAACAACAGUACCACUACCGGCAGUAUCUCUAAGCGUGGUAGCCAGAAGAAGAAUGCGCAAUCCACAGCAGCCGCAGCUCUACCUGCAGGUAGCUCAAAGGCCGGAAAAGAUGCUGUCAAGUCUGGGACCUCUUCCAAGGCAUCGUCAGUGGCCCCUGAUCCUGAAUACAGCGACGGGGGCGAAGAUGGUGACGACGAGCCGCGGUAUUGUUAUUGUAACGAAGUAAGUUACGGUAGUAUGGUGGCCUGCGACAACGAGGACUGUCCCCGAGAGUGGUUCCAUCUCGCUUGUGUCAAUAUGGACAAAGCCCCCAACGCGCGGACAAAAUGGUAUUGCAGCGAGGAGUGCAAAGAGGCCGCCGCUCGUGCCAGCGGCAAGGCCAAGGGUGGACGCCCGGGAAGCAGUAGACAAUAGGAACUCGGAAGGCGUUCAAGGAGUUCAGGGUCCGGAUCUGGGUCUAAGGUAAAACGGACGGGCAAGCUUGGCCUUUGGGAUGGCUGGAAUGCUCUCUGAUUUUGGGUUUCACUUUAGACCUGGGUCCACUGGCGUUGGGAACGGGAAACAACGGGCUCUUGGAUUUCUCUGGCACACUUCACCGCAGCGGAUGAUUAUGGGUCUUUCUUGGGUAUUUGCUAUUUCAUGGUUUUUUGCAUUGGGAUCUGUUCGACUUCGCUUUCUUCAUGUGUGUUUUGGACAAUGCAACGGCAUAUCUCCGAGUCGUCAGUUAUUCGCUAGGAUCGCGAUACUAGCAACGUGAUGGAGCUUAUUCGAAUAGAGAAAUCUCUACACU